AUGUCUUCACAAUUUUUUAUCGCAUUUAAUUCCCAAACGCUGUCUUUGUCCACACAUCAUCUUUUUUUUUCUAUAAUCCCUUGCCUUUUCUUUCUCUUUCUACGCUUCUAUUUUCUCCCAUCAGUCUCUGUCCUCUUUUUGUCUUUCUCUAUUCCAGCUUAUUCAAUUUUCUUUGAUAAAUUAACCAAGUCUUCUAAUUUCAAACUCAUUUUAAUCUCUAAAGCUGUUUAUCUUUUCUUUUUCUUCUUUUUCGGCUUGUAUUUUCUUUACUUGAAUUAUUCGUUCUUUUUCUUUCUUUCUUUCUUUCUUUCUUUCUUUCUUUUUCUCCUCCCCUUCUUUAAUUCCCUGACUAAAUCCGGGGCUCUUAUUACAAUGCCGUUCUGUGUCUUCUCGAUAUUGAAUGAUCUCUUUCUUUCUUUCUUUCUUUCUUUCUUUCUUUCUUUCUUUCUUUCUUUCUUUCUUUUAGCAUUCAUAUAUCCCUAUUUGAUAUCAAGAUUUAAUUCAUUCUUUCAUUCUUUCUUUCUGUCUCUUUCUUUCUUUCUUUCUUUCUUUCUUUCUUUCUUUUCCAUUAGCUUUUUAAUUCAUCCUUCUCAUUCGUGGCCCUUUUUUAUCUUUAAUAUCAUUGUUGAAUUUCAUAGGUCGUUGUACAUUUCUGUUUAUUUUCAUGUUUUUCCUACAAACAUUUCUUUUUUCCUUCAUCGUACUGUCUAUAUCCAUAUAUUAAAAUAUGCCCAUAUCUAUCUAUCUAUCUAUCUAUCUAUCUAUCUAUCUAUCUAUCUAUCUAUCUAUCUAUCUAUCGCUAGCAGUAUAUACCUACUUAUUUAUUGUAAACGAUCAUAUCUACCUAGUAUAAACGACAUCUAUCUAUCUAUCUAUCUAUCUAUCUAUCUAUCUAUCUAUCUAUCUAUCGCGAGCAGUAUAUACCUACUUAUUUAUUGUAAACGAUCAUAUCUACCUAGUAUAAACGACAUCUAUCUAUCUAUCUAUCUAUCUAUCUAUCUAUCUAUCUAUCUAUCUACUGCAAACUGUUCAUUAUCUAUCUAUCUAUCUAUGGCGAGCAGUAUAUACCUACUUAUUUAUUGUAAACGAUCGUAUCUACCUAGUAUAAACGAUGUCUAUCUAUCUAUCUAUCUAUCUAUCUAUCUAUCUAUCUACUGCAAACUGUUCAUUAUCUAUCUAUCUAUCUAUGGCGAGCAGUAUAUACCUACUUAUUUAUUGUAA